ACGUAUUGCAAGCGCUUGUAGAGGUUGAAAAUCUACGCGUUAGACGAGCUCAGUGGGUUCGACUUCAACAAAAUGUGGCUCCUGAUUUUCCUGUUAUUGACUUACAAUAUUUACGAGAUCUUACUAUUGGUAUUUAUCAGGUAAAUCUGGUUCCUUGAUACAUCCAACAUAAACUAGAUAGAGAUGGUGAAGUAGAAAUUGAAGUUAAUAUGAACAUGAAUGUCCCUGGACUGAUAUGCUUGAAACAGCCCCAUGCAUCGCCCCCACUUUUCUGUUCUCUUAGCAUCCGGAGGGGUAUCAUAGUUCAAAUAAAUUCAAUAGAUGACACUCUGAUCAGCUCCGGGUUGUACGUCUGUCUAUACCAGAAAUUCGGAGAAGUUUCAUUUUUUUUUCUUCUGCCAAAACAUCCCAAAGAAAUGAAACGGUGGCAACAGGCUAUUCGCAGGGAUGACAGAAAUACAUUUUGUAAACAACACUUUUGGAAAAGUGGUAAAAUUUGGAAGGCAGAUGUUAAAGGCCCAGACGGAAGUGUAGUAUGUAGUAUAUGCCUACCUGAUCGAAGUACCAUCUAUUGGAUUUAUCUGAACUACGAUACCCCUCCGGAUGCUAAAAUGACAACUACUGCAUACACAUACACGGGCGAUGCGUAGGGCUGCUUGAAAUAGUAUUCUCGAUUUCGCCGUGGAACGACGUAUCAAUUCUUCAUUUCAUACCCUGUACACGAUGAAGA